AUGACCACCACAUUUCUGCAAACUUCUUCCUCCUCCUUUGGCGGGGGCUCUACCCGAGGGGGUUCCCUCAGGGCUGGGGGAGGCGGCUUUGGUGGCGGGAGCCUGUAUGGGGGAGGUGGAAGCCGCAGUAUCUCAGCUUCCUCUGCCAGGUUUGUGUCUGCAGGGUCAGGAGCGGGGUAUGGGAGCAUGAUGAGCUGUGGCUUUGGUGGAGGGGCAGGGAGCGGCUUUGGAGGUGGGAGCGGCUUUGGAGGUGGCUUUGGUGGGGGUUUUGGUGGUGGCGAUGGCGGUCUCCUCUCUGGCAAUGAGAAGGCCACCAUGCAGAACCUCAAUGACCGCCUGGCCUCCUACCUGGACAAGGUGCGUGCCCUGGAGGAGGCCAACGCCGAACUGGAGGUGAAGAUCCGUGACUGGUACCAGAAGCAGGCGCCCACCAGCCCGGAGCGUGACUACAGCCCCUACUUCAAGACCAUAGAAGAGCUCCGGGACAAGAUCCUGGCUGCCACCAUUGACAACUCCCGUGUCAUCCUGGAGAUCGACAACGCCAGGCUAGCUGCAGAUGACUUCAGGCUUAAGUACGAGCAUGAGCUGACUCUGCGCCAGAGCGUGGAGGCUGACAUCAAUGGCCUGCGUCGGGUGCUGGAUGAAUUGACCCUGGCCAGGACUGACCUGGAGAUGCAGAUUGAGAGCCUGAACGAGGAACUGGCCUACCUGAAGAAGAACCAUGAGGAGGAGAUGAAGGAGUUCAGCAGCCAGCUGGCUGGCCAGGUCAAUGUGGAAAUGGAUGCAGCACCAGGCGUGGACCUGACCCGCGAGCUGGCGGGGAUGAGGGAGCAGUACGAGGCUUUGGCAGAGAAGAACCGCCGGGACGCUGAGGCCUGGUUCUUCAGCAAGACUGAGGAGCUGAACAAGGAGGUGGCCUCCAACACGGAAAUGAUCCAGACCAGCAAGACGGAGAUCACAGAACUGAGACGCACCCUGCAGGGGCUGGAGAUUGAGCUGCAGUCCCAGCUCAGCAUGAAAGCCGGGCUGGAGAACUCACUGGCGGAGACAGAGUGCCGCUAUGCCACGCAGCUGCAGCAGAUCCAGGGGCUCAUUGGCAGCAUUGAGGCCCAGCUGAGCGAGCUCCGGUGUGAGAUGGAGGCUCAGAACCAGGAAUACAAGAUGCUGCUGGACAUCAAGACACGGCUGGAGCAGGAGAUCGCCACCUACCGCAGCCUGCUCGAGGGCCAGGACGCCAAGAUGGCUGGCAUUGGCAUCCCGGGAGGUAGGACGGCUUCACUCUUCUGGUCUGCUUUGGGAAGUGGCGGUGGCAGCAGCAGCAGCAAUUUGCACAUCAAAAUCGAGGAGUCUGUGGAUGGAAGGAAGCUUUCUUCCCGCCAGAGAGAAACCUAAGUGCCCAGUGCACACUAGGAGAAAUGUCGCUUGC